UUGCUGGAGCUCGCGCCGGCGAGCGCGGGAGCGGCCGCCAGCGGCGGCCGUCCGCUGCCCUCCGUGGCCUCGGCGUGCUGCCACCAGGUCAUGGAGCUCGCAGUGACCGGCCAUGUCGACGGCAGCGCGUGGCUGAUCGACCUCGCUGCUGGCCGCAUCGCCGGCGGGCUCGAGUGCCACCCUGACGCAAUCACGUCGGUGUCCAUGGAUCAGGGCACCGGUUUCUACCUGGCGACCGGCUGCCACGACGGGGUCGUCCGCACCUUCGACCUGAGGACGCGCCGCUGCUGCCGGAGCCUGCAGGUGGGCGGAUUCAAGUACGACGAGGCCGUGCACUGUGUUCACCUAGGACGGGUGUUGGCCGCUGCCUGCGCCGAUGGCAGCGUGGAGGUGUUCGGGCCCGGGGAGUGA